AUGAACAAUCCACUGGCCGAUUGUCGUUGCCUGACACACAACUACAGCCAUCCUCCGAGCCCGAGCUUUUACGGUGUUGACUCAAAAUGGAUGAAGCUCUCCUUCCAUCAGUUCUUCCAAAAGAUGUACUGCACGCUGUCAGUCCUGGCAGAUUGACGCUACUUAACGGUCAAGUAAAGGAAGCGACUGGAAAGCCCAUUUCCAUGUCCCGACCCUCCAUUUUUUGUCUCCCUCUACGGCGCUCCCAUUGGCAGAUAUUUGCAGAUAUGCGUUUGGGAACGCUGGCGCGUCCUGUCAGUAUAAUCCUCCAUGCUCUCCUUUCCAUAGCGCAUGCUGUGCUCCUGUGCAUUUGGGCACGUGGAGCUGAGCACUCGAUCGUCCUGACUCCUGUACGAGCCCAAAGGAUGCCAACGGAAACAUCACUCGUGUUACAAGCCAUCAUCAUCCCCUACACCGCUUUCCUUGUCCUGCUAACUCAAUACAUGGCAUUGCGGAGUUUGCUUGCGGGCAAACACACUCUUACAGCUGUGCAGGAUGUCGCGAGCGCAUGGACGGGACUGGGAGCUGCACUAGUGAACAUGUGGAGACAAUUCUCAUCUCCGUCUUCUUUCCUGGGGAUAAUCACAGUAACCGUCUACCUCGUGUGCAUCUCUACUCUGCACGUCACGACGCCCUCCCUGCUCUCCGUGCAAUCAUUCAAUUUGACGGACGCAGACACGGUUCCAGUGACCGUUGGUAUGCCUGUGGUGAAUACCUCGGCGUCUCCAGAUUCCCAAUCACUAUUGUGGGAACAGGCGGCUCCGUUCCUCCAGUACGGCGACACCAAAAUCCAAUAUUUGUCGACUAUAGGACUCGCCAAUAGUACGAUAUACGACACCAUCCGCCCUGAAGGUGGCCUAGUCGAAGUCACCGUGAAUGCAACUACCGCGAAUGUUACCUGCGGAUGCAUACCAAACGCAACAGCCACACUAGUGUCGGAAAAUCUAAUGAUGGUGGACGCUGUAUACGGCCGUUAUCACUUCACUGCUUACAUGGACCCGUUGGAUCUCAAUGAUGGGCCCGAGACUGGUCUGGUGUACGUGACAAUGCUCAACUACAACUUGACGGCACUGUUAAACGAGACAGCCUUGUCUGUACCUAUGGGACGCAGUGCGCUAGUUUUUACGACUCUGGAUGUGACCGAUGACGAAGACCAGGCAAUCUCGACUGUCAAAGGGAACUACAAUGGAUCUUCCAGCUUACCUCUUCAGUUCCUAGGGUGCACUUUAGGGUGGACGAGCGGACUCCUUGUGGUUGAUGGCGCCACAAGGCAACCUGCCGCAUCGCUCAGUGGCACAAAUUUCGACCCAGAUAACAGACCUUCGAUACGUACUACAUGGGAGCCUGAUUUAAUGACCGAUUCGACGCAGGUUGAUGACUCCGAUUCGUGGGCUUCCAUGUUGUUUUAUUCUGGGCCCGAAGUAUACAAUGAGGGGCUAGACCCGUUACAUGGCCUAAUUCCGAAUCCCACUGAGUCGACAUCCUAUCAACCGGGCAGUUUUGCUGUUCCAUACUUAAAAGAAGUGCUCGGACUUGCAACUUCCAACGGGACGCAGGCAGUCAGAUUGACGGCAUUUGAGGCGUCUUUGAGCAAGAUGACAGCUGCUACAUAUUGGUCUGCCGCACAUUUGGUGGACGCAAGUAGCCAAGCAGACACCUUGACAAUCUCUUCCGGCACCGCCCGGGGUUCGAUAGUCAUGUUUCAUCUCAAUAUAAAUGUCGCACAAGUCGCAGUCGGCCUCGGAGCCUCGACCAUGAUGUUGAUAAUUGCGACGAUCCUAGCUCUGAGAACUGCAAGGAGUAAACCGCUUGUCGACGAAUUCGGUCCCAUGCACAUCAUGUGGCUUGUCGCAACAAAUACGACACUAAACCAAAGAAUAGCCGGGGUGGAGGUACCAUCCACGGACCUUCUGAGGGAAGCGGGAAUGACGGAUCUGGGAUCCUUCAAUCAGCCCGCCGUACGCACGGAGAACGACAUGUCGGAGCAAUGGCAGGACGGUGACUCGUAUACGUUGAGUCAGAGUCAAUUUGAAAGCAGAGGACGCAGGGAGGUCUGGGUGUAUACAGCCCUACGGUGAUACGGUGUGAAGGCCACGCCCGGGCCGGGCCCGCGUAUAUAUGCAUUUGUAUAGUAGCCCCGGAGUAUGGUACUUACC